AUGAAUGCAUCCAAAACUCUUCAAGUCCUUAAACUCUUUGGGAAUGAUUUCACUUCUUCUGUAUUUUCUUGGUUGUUCAAUAUCAGCAACAACCUAAACCACCUUGGAUUAAGAGCCAACAAGUUAAAAGGUCCACUCCCAGAUCCUUUCACAAUAGCAGUUUCACACUCCCUUGUCUUUCUUGAUCUCUCUUUAAACGAACUCGAAGGUGGGAUACCAAACUCCUUCAGUAAUCUUUGCAGAUUAAGAUACUUAUACCUAUCAUAUAACAAAUUGUCUGACCAACUUCAAGAUUUUGUGGAAAGAUUAUCUUGCGCUGCAGAUACUCUAACCGUUUUGGAUCUUAGCUAUAAUCGAUUCCGGGGCCCAUUUCCAGACCUUACAAGAUUUUCAUCCUUGGAGACAAUAAUGCUACCAAAUAACAGUUUGAAUGGAUCCCUCCCCAAAAGUCUUGGGAAACUCUCCAAGGUUAGAUCAUUGUCCUUGGCUUUUAACCAGCUUAGUGGGAUGUUACCAAAUUUAGCAGGAAUUGCAUCAUUGGAAAAGUUGGAUCUAUUGAAAAAUCAACUGAAUGGUACUUUGUCUGAGAGCCUUGGUCAACUUUCCCGACUCAAAGAGCUUGAUCUGUCCUCGAAUUCGUUUUCUGGUGUCGUAACUGAAGGCCACUUUCUGAAUCUCUCUAGUCUAAAGUCCUUGAUACUUUCUCAUAAUUCUCUCUCAUUCAACAUGAGCUCAAAUUGGAUUCCACCCUUUCAACUGAAAGAAUUAGCUACGACUUCUAGCAAGUUGGGCCCUGCUUUUCCUAGAUGGCUUCGAACACAGAGAAAGCUCGAAUCACUCGACAUUUCCAAAGCUAGUAUCUCGGAUUCGAUCCCUUAUUGGUUUUGGGACCUGUCUUCCACCUUAGCGUACAUGAAUCUCUCACUCAACAGAAUUCAUGGGGAGUUGCCAAAUCUAUCAUCAAAGGCUUAUGUUUAUCCAACAAUUGAUCUGAGUUCCAACCAUUUAUAUGGUUCACUCCCACCAUUUCCUCCAAACUCAACCAUUUUGAUCUUCUCAAAGAACAUGUUCUCAGGAAACAUGUCUUCCUUGUGUGCAACGCGCCUUGCGCCAUUGAACCAUCUUGACCUUUCCGACAACAGGUUAUCAGGAGAACUUCCAACUUGUUGGGUGAAAUUUAAGGAGCUCUUUGUCCUGAAUCUGGCAAAUAAUAACUUCUCUGGGAAGAUACCGAUCUCUUUAGUCUCUCUACCCCAGAUUGCGUUACUACACUUGCGUAACAACAACUUCUCCGGAGAACUUCCCUCUUUCAAGAACCUGCAUAGAGAAUUGGUGCUUCUUGACAUCGGAGAUAACAGAAUAUCUGGAAGAAUACCAGAAUGGUCAGGACAAAGUUUACCAUCUCUGACAGUUUUGCGGCUAAGAUCAAAUGAGUUAUCCGGAGGCAUACCCACAAGUUUUUGCAGCUUUCCAGCUCUCCAGGUAUUAGACCUCUCGCUAAACAAUUUAUCUGGGGAUUUGCCACAUUGCCUCGGCAAUAUGACUGCAAUGUUAUCUGAAGGCAGAGCUGGUGGAUUCAUUGAUUUUGCAAGUGUGAUGUGGAGAGGAAUAGAGCUCGAGUUCAGGAGGAAUCUUGAACUGAUGAGAAGCAUUGAUAUUUCGAGCAACUACUUAAGUGGGGAAAUUCCUGAUAACAUAACAAGUCUUCGAGCAUUACAUAAUUUGAACUUAUCAAGGAACAGCUUGAGGGGAAGUAUUCCUGUCAACUUUGGUCAGCUAAACAUGUUGGAAUCUCUUGACUUGUCAAGAAACCAGCUAUCUGGUACAAUUCUGGCGAGCUUUUCUAGCUUAAAUUUUCUCAGUCACCUUGACUUGUCGCACAUCAGGUUGACAGGAAGGAUUCCAUUGAGCACCCAACUUCAAAGCUUUGAUGCUUCUGCAUAUGAAGGAAAUCACCAACUUUGUGGACCACCAGUCACAAAAUAUUGCCCUGGAGAUCCUGGUGUCACUGAUGGCCAUGAAAAUGAGAAUAUGGAAGGCGACGAGGAUGUUGGGUAUGUGACAUUUGGGUUUUAUGUUAGCACAGCAAUCGGAUUUAUCGUCGGAUUCUGGGGAGUUUGCGGGACAUUAGUGCUUAAGAGCUCUUGGAGACGUGCUUAUUUCCAGUUCUGGAGUCACAAUUCACAAAUGACAAAAGAUUAUUUCUAUGUGACAACAAAAGUAUUCAAGGCAAGACUGCUAAGAAUCCUUACAAGUCACAACUAA